AUGUCUGUGCAUGAUAAAAUUAUUGAUAUUUAUCCGAAUAGUAACUGCUUCACUAUAAAAGAGACCCAAGCGAAAGUAAGACUCAUUUUGUUAAUGCCUACUACAAGACUCUCUACACGAGAUCCCGCUACUCACGGAGACAGAGGCACAGAUCAUGUUGACCCGUGGCUUGUCAAGACUGAUUUUUAUCAUGGCUUUCUGCCCAGAGAAGAUAUAAUUUACUUGUUGAGGAAACACGGAGACUUUCUUGUACGAACUACUGAAGUGAGCACAAGCAAAGACCAAACAAAGCCGACAAAGAAAGAGACCGUUAUAUCAGUAUUGAUGGAUCCUGACGGAAAAUUCUUGGAGAUCGGUGAUAGUGAAAGUCGACAUGAUUUGGUUCGAAAUAUAAUUGUUUAUCAUAGAAAAUUACAUUAUUAUGUAGAACACUCGAUGCAGUUUGAACUUCUUAGAGAUCUUUUUAAAUGGGAACUCCAACAUAAAAAUGUGACGAUAGGAAGAGUCCUUGGGCGAGGAGCAUUUGGAGAAGUGCGGAAAGGGACACUGUUGAGACGACCUGGAAAAUCGGUGCCAGUAGCUGUGAAGACACUUAAAAGCGACACCGAAUUAUCAAAAGCAAAAAUCAAAGAAAUGAUGAAAGAAGCACGUUUGAUGAGAAAUCUGAAACACCCGAAUGUUGUAUGCAUCUAUGGCGUUGCGCUCUUAGAGCAACCGCUGUACAUUGUACUCGAAUUUGUUCCCGGAGGAGCGCUUGACUCUUACCUGAAGAGAAACAAAGCAACGAUAGACAGAGAUGAACGGUUAUUGAUGGCGAUGGGAGCCGCGUGGGGAAUGGAAUAUCUCCAUAAAAGUAGUGUUCUGCAUAGGGAUAUCGCUGCGCGAAAUUGUCUAUAUGACACAGAUAAAAUUGUAAAGAUCAGCGACUUCGGCCUGUCAAGGAAAGGUUCCGUAUAUAAGAUGCAGACAGCGAAGAAGAUGCCAAUAAAAUGGAUGGCGCCAGAGAGCAUUACAACUUUCAUGUUUUCGCAGAAAAGUGAUGUGUAUAGUUAUGGGAUAUUAGUCUAUGAGAUAUUCGCUGGCGCUGAACCAUAUGAAGGUAUCCCAAACUCUGCCACAAGAAAGAUGAUACUGGAAGGAAAACUUAAUGAUUUUCCUGAAGGCGCACCUGCGAAACUAGUCGAGUAUGUUAAGACCAAGAUGUGGCACCAUAACCCAGAUGAAAGACAUGACAUGGGGCAGAUCGUCAGCUGGAUGGAAAAAUACACUGGACUGGUCCUCGACGUACCGCAGCCCACCGUAGCACGAGAAGUGAAAGACGAUGAUAAGGGAGCCAACAAAACUCAAGCGACGACGGCGCAGAUAACAGCUAAGGCCAAAGUGAAGCAAAAGGGGAACAUUAUGAAUGACGGCUAGGCUAGUGAUUUUUUGAC